GCGAAGUGACUAGGACGAUUGUAGUUUGGUCUCCUAAAUUUUUUUAAUUAAUUGUGAAUCAAGUGCCAAAAAAUAUUUGGAGUGUUGUGUAAUACAUUGUGCAAGAACCUGUAAUCAUGGUUAAGCAAAAAUCUGAAGAUUUAAGCAGCAAACAAGCAGCGGAAAUACAAAAACUUACGGAGAGGUUAGAAGAAAUGGCGCUAAAAUUUGACACGCAACUGAAAGGUUUUAAAAAAGAUCUUGGGGCUAGGACCAGAGGGAAAUCAACAUCCACCGAUUUUUCCGAAGACAUAGAGGCAGUUGUCUCUUUAAACAAAAGGUUUCAAGACUUUGAAAAAUCAGUUUUGGAUAGCAUUGAAAACCUUAAGUCGGAUAUUGCGUCGCUAAAGCAAACCAAUACGCUGUGCAUGUCAACAAACCAGAACAGUAUUUUACUGCACGGUAUAAAUGAACUACAAGACGACCUAUAUGCCUUUGUUAUUAAAACAAUUUCAACCAAGAUUGGUGUUAAAAUUACAAAGGCCGAAAUAAAUUUUGCUCAUCGCAUUGGACAGAAAAAAGCAAAUUCCGAGAAGCCCAGGCCGGUGUUAGUAUCGUUUUGCCAUAGGUGGCUCCGGGACGACGUGUUUUUUAAUAAAAAAAGGCUAAAAGGUCAACCUAUUCUAAUAACCGAAGUUCUAACUCCUGAGGUGGGUAAAAUUUUUAAAAUCGCGAGAAAUAAAUAUAAAAACUUGUGCUGGACUUCUAGGGGUAGAGUGUUUGUGAUGGUAGAAAACCAAAAGUUUUGUGUCGACUCCGAAAAAAAGUUACAAGACCUUGUUAAUGAGUGUGUGAUUGCCGAUUAAAACUAAAAAUAAAGGUACGUUUAAUGAUUAUGUGUACUUACAAUAUGAUAGGUACUUUAAUUUCAAAGGUGAUUAUUUUUUAUUGG